AUGCCUGGUAUACUCUCAACCAAAGGGAAGAAGGAUGCAGCUGAUGAGGAUGAUAUAAUAGAAGUAUCUUCUACUAGGAACUAUACAUGCAAAAACUGCUUACAAAGGGGUCAUAACACGAGAUCUUGCAAAAAUCCAACACAAAACCGGCCCCCAAAGGUGAAAAAGAAACGUGGUAGGCCUAGGAUUCAUAUACCUGUGACAAACAUUGUGUAUGAAACUCGAGAUGCUGAAACGCAAGAAAAAAUCAAAGAUAUGAGAGAUUCUGGGUAUACAUCUGUUGAGAUUGAAGAAGCGCUAUCUGUAGAAAAAGACGAGGAAGGGAUUGACAAGACUCAACUUCUGGUUUAUGACAAACACGCACGAAGGUCGGAGAGGAUCGUGAAAAUCAAACUGUCAAAGCCAGUAUAUGACAAAGAUGGAGGAGGAUCUUGUAUAGAGAAGGCACUAACUUUAGAUUAG